AUGCCUUCCACUCCCGCCGACCAUCCUAAGGCGGCGGAAACAACCGCCGCCUCUGCCACUACGCUCUCCGAUGUCCACCCCGACAUAAUCCAAACCCAUAUCCUCACGCGCCUCGCCGGCCCCGCCAUUGCCUCCGCCGCAACCACGUGCUCCCAGCUCCAUACGCUCGCCUCGCACGAGCCCCUAUGGAAAAAAACAUGCCACGCCACGUGGCCCUCCACUCUCGCGCCACGCGUCCGAGACGUCAUCGACACGUUCCCCGAGGGCCAUCGCUCUUUCUUCGCGGACUCCUUCCCCUCCCCGUGCGUUUCCAAAAUUCUCCCGAGAAACCCACACUCGCGGGAACUGAUCUCAGCCGUUGAUCUCUUCCACGGCGAACGGCUGAUAUUGUCUAAAGUGGUGGAGACGGAAACUGCGACCGAGUGGUUCCGGUGCUCGCCUUUCCGAAUCGAUGUGGUUGACCCGAAGGAUGCAGUGCGGGCGGGCGUGACGUAUCCGGUGGACGAGGCCACGUGUCGGGAACUGGAGGAGAAGCUGAGGUUGACGUGGGUGGUGAUCGACCCGGCGGCGCGGCGCGCGGUGGAUGUGUCGAGUGGGACGGCGGUGGCUGUGGAGAAGCACUGGCUGAGCGGGGAGGUGGUGGUGCGGUUCUCGACGGCAGCAGGGGAGGAGGCACUGUGCGGGGUGGCGGUGACGUGGGGGACAGAAAUGCAAGUGAGGGAAGUGAGUCUGCAGAUGGAAGACUUGGAUGGGAUGCAGAUGAACGGAAGGGAGAGUUUGGUAAUUUUGCAGGGGGCAUUGAGAGGUACGAGGAAGAAGAAAAAGGAGGGUGGAGAAGGGUUUAGGGAGUUUUUGAAGAGAAAGAAAGAAAGAAAAGAAGGGAAGGUGAGAGCUGAAGGGAGACUGGACAUGGUGUGUGUGGGUCUUGUUGUGUUGGCCAUUGUUUCUUCUUCUCUUCUCGUUUUCUGGAGAUGGCACCACUAA